AUUUCCUGGGCGGCGAGGAGCGCGCGCGUACGCCGGCCUGUGGCGGCGUCUCGUUCAAACGGCCCAAUCAGCGAGCGCGGCUGCGCUCCCACUCCCCGUGCUCAGCCCUCUCCGUUCUUUGGGGACCCUUCCCCGGGCCCCGCGUGUUCCACUGACCGGACGACCCCGCGCCCUCUCCUCAAUUUCUCCCGCCGCAGCCCGAGGACUACGGGAAAAGGAUGAGAGCGUCGGACGCCGCGGGACGUGCGCGCUGACGUCACGAGUCGGGCCGCGGCGCUUCAGGGUCGCGGAGGGGCGGGGCCUGCAGAGCGCUAUAAAAGGGGCGCGGUGCGCGCGCUCCUGGCUCAGUGCGGCCGGGCGCCGGGGCAAGGCGGGCUUCGGCACCUACGGACCGUCAGUGGACAGCGAAGUGGGGCCACUCGGGCCACGCCAGGGCCGCAGCGGCCGCAGCCGGCGGUCCGAGGAGCGCAGGAACGGGGGCCGGGGGACCCGCCCCCGGCCGACCGCCGUCAUGAACUCCAACGUGGAGAACCUGCCACCGCACAUUAUCCGCCUGGUAUACAAGGAGGUGGCCACGCUGACCGCUGACCCUCCCGAUGGCAUCAAAGUCUUCCCCAAUGAGGAGGACCUCACCGACCUGCAAGUCACCAUCGAGGGGCCUGAGGGCACCCCCUAUGCCGGAGGCCUGUUCCGCAUGAAGCUCCUGCUGGGGAAGGACUUUCCCGCCUCUCCGCCCAAGGGCUUCUUCCUCACCAAGAUCUUCCAUCCCAAUGUGGGUGCCAAUGGGGAGAUCUGCGUCAACGUGCUCAAGAGGGACUGGACAGCCAAGCUGGGCAUCCGGCACGUGCUGCUGACCAUCAAGUGCCUGCUGAUCCACCCAAACCCUGAGUCAGCCCUCAACGAGGAGGCAGGCCGGCUACUGCUGGAGAACUACGAGGAGUACGCAGCGCGGGCCCGCCUGCUCACGGAGAUCCAUGGCGGUGCCCCAAGCACAGCCGCGGCACCCUCAGGGGACCCAACCACCGCUGCAGGUGUGGGGGGUGCUGAGGGGCCCAUGGCCAAGAAGCACGCAGGUGAGCGGGACAAGAAGCUGGUGGCCAAGAAAAAGACGGACAAAGACAAGAAGCGGGCGCUGCGGCGGCUGUAGGAAUCCCCUUUCCUGACCCGACCGCCCCCAACUCUAUCUCUUAAGUUAUUUAAGUUAUGACGGGGAUGGGGAGGGCUGGGCACUGGGACCUGGAUUUGUUUUUCUAAAUAAAGUUGGAAAAGCAG